UCACCCAGCCGGAGCGCGUGCUGGUACUGUACAUCCCCGUGUCCUCACACGGAGCUGCUGCACGAGACCACUGCAGAACACGGUUCGUUAACGAUCAGAAAACUGAGAAAUAAAACGGAGUAAACGGACAGUCGAGCAGCAAACAGACGCACUCAAGGUGAAAGUAGUGAACCGAGGAGUUCUACCUUUUUUCCCCACUAUCUUCUCUCUUUCCUGUCCCUUCUUUAUUCUACUUCUCUACUCUUCCCCUCCUCUCCUUCUCUCUCUCUGUUUCUGUGAUGCCGAGCUGUGGGUGAUUGUAUGCCCGUGACCAGACUGAAGCUGGGGAAGCUAAAGGUGGUGCGGCGGCAGCUGCUGCAAAGAUAUGAACACCAGCCGUUUGUCUCCUGCCUGGCCGGCCUCUAUGGUUGCCAAUGGAGACGAUAUCAAAGAGCCCGGGCACAACCAGGAGAGUGCUGCUGCAGCAAGGUGGAGUGUGGGAGUUUUGGCCUCCUGAUCCUCACCUUCUUCCUGAGUUUUCUAUUCCUCUAUUUCUGGAGUGAAGCUCAGAACGACUACAACGACUUUGACUGGUUUAACUUUGGGACUCUUGGUUUCUGGUUUCCCUGGUCUCUUGUCCUGCUGGUUGUUGCCGCUUCUCUCUUCACAUACAUCGCCCUGCUGUUGGUGCUGGCAGUGUGUCUGCUUUCUGAGGGUCAGAGGCUUUACCUUCACUGGAGCCACAAGACUGGCAUCGUGGUGACGUUGGCAUUCUCCGUCACAGCCACCGCCAUCCUGUCUGACCUCUGGAGCAAAGAAUGGAAAACUCUUCUCCUCUCUCUGCAGGUGACAGCUCCGUUCCUCCAUGUGGCUGCAGUCUCACUGAUGGCAGUUCUCUCCUGGCCCAUAGCGUUACACUUCUUCCGCAUGAACAAGAAAGUGCGUCAGGUGGCUGUCUUGGGUCUCUACCUGUCCAUGCUGUUCUCUCUCUACCUGGUCCCUCUGGGAAUGUACUCGCCCUGUAUUAAAGAAGCAGGAACACUGGGACCAGCCCCAAGACUUAUCGGACACAGAGGAGCUCCAAUGCUUGCUCCAGAGAAUACUGUGAUGUCGUUUGAGAAGGCAGUGGAGACUGGAGGAGAAGGACUGGAGACUGACGUCACCAUCAGUUAUGAUGGCGUUCCUUUCCUGAUGCACGACUCCACUCUGAGGAGAACCACAAAUGUUGCUGAGGUUUUCCCAAAUCGGACACACCUCGAUGCCUCCAUGUUCACCUGGUCCGAGCUGCAGCAGCUGAAUGCUGGCGACUGGUUCUUAUCGAGGGAUCCAUUUGGUACUGUGUCGUCCCUGUCUGAGGUGGACCGCUUGCAGGCCCAGAACCAGUCUGUUCCCUCACUGGCCCAGUUUCUGGAGGUAGCAGCCCGUGGCGGCAGACUAGUGCUGUUUGACCUGCGUAGGCCACCGUAUGGACAUCCUUACAGUCAAUCAUACAUCAACACAACUCUGCAGGUGGUGCAGGCCCACAUCAACUCCUCACAGGUGCUGUGGCUUCCAGCUGAGGACAGGGAGUUGGUCCAGGCUGUGGACCCAGAGCUGCAGCAGACUUCAGGGGAAAAAGCUUCUAUUCAGGAACUAACAGACGGCCACAUCACCAGACUGAACCUGCACUAUAGCACGAUGUCUCAACAACAGAUCAGUAAGUACCAGUCAGUGAACAUCAGCACUAACCUGUAUGUGAUCAGCCAGCCGUGGCUCUACACUCUGGCCUGGUGCGCUGGAGCUCAGUCUGUAACCACCAACUCCAUCCACGUCCUGUCCAACAUCAACAAGCCGCUCUUCCUCAUGACUCCAGAGGAGUACAGUCUGAUGUGGAUUCUGACUGAUGCCGUGUCUGCCCUCCUCAUCAUCGCCAUCUUCAUAUUCCACUGGUGGAGAGAGCGAGGCCUGCCCUUCUGGUCCGGCAGCCGUCAGACUCAUGAGAACGGACCGUACAGCAAGUUCAGGACGGACUCUUCUGAGGUCAUCUGUGUUCGCUGGAGCCCCCUCCACUCUGACCCCCCUGCUGGAGCGCUCGUGUCCCUCCCCCUGGUCUUCAACCCCUGACACCCUGCAUGUCCGCCCUGCAUGUCCGCCCUUCAGGAACCUUAGCUGAGUGACGUGUGGUCCAUCUCCAGCGUCAACGUCCGGCCUGAUUUACGGAGCACGCCCAAUUCACCCGGCACUCCUCACCUGCCCACCAUCACAGAGGAGUGACUUGGGGAGAGAGACAUAGAGGGAGACAAAGGAUGAGAGAGAGAGAGAGAGACAAAGAGAGAGAGAGAGACAGAGAGAGAGGGAGAGAGAGAGAGAGAAAUCUUGAGCAUCUCUUGAUAAAAUUAAACAUUCAUGACUAAAUAAGAAACCAUCAAGUCGGAUUAAAAACAUUCUUGGUUCUUAACUCAAGAGUUAACAAGGAAAAUUACAUGUGGUUUGCUUUUAAUUCACAUGUUGCUAAAUUAGUAAAAUCUCUUUUGUGUCAAAUAAUCGAAACUGUUGUCUUUGUCAGAAAAGUGUUUAUGUAGAAGUUCAUCGCACACAGUAAGAAGACGAUUGAGAAAAUGAAUUACCACAGCCUUUAAAUAAAAGAGAAACGACAAAGUGACCAAGAACAGAAACAUGUAAAGUGAGAGACAUCAACGAUCUCAUCUUUCUCCACCUCCUCUGUUAUUCUCUCAGUCUGUGGGCUGGACUGAACUGAACUGAUGAACCAGACCUCAUCACUGAUCUGCCAUCAGUGACAGAGAGGAGAGACUCUGGACAUGAACCCGGUUCACAGGCAGCAGUGUCACUUUCUACUCUAUAAUCUCAUAGAUGCCAUUAAACUGUCUGGGCAGUGAGGACAGUGAAACACUGGCCCUUGACAACAUGUUCAUGUCUGGUCAUUCACCACCACCAACUCAGUUCAACAACGCAAGAUGUCAAAGAAUCUACACCUCACAGAAGAAGGAAGAAAACAAUGAACAAAUAUAUAUAUAUAUAUAGAGCUGUAGUAACACAUGAGUCGCUUUCACUCUCUCCGUCUCGUGUUUCUAGUUGAUAAAAACGAUGUUUGACGGAGGAAGAGUGGAGGACUCAGGGUGAAGCUCUGAUGCUGAUGGAAACUGUGUCUUCAGAGCAGGAGACAUCUGGACAUGAUGAAAUGGACUGAGUGUCCUCUGUAUGAAUUCUACUCCUUCAUUUUCAGCUGUGUCGAUAUCAGGUGCAUCAGACCAAACCUUAAACCAUGUCUUAAAUCUUAAUGUCUCGAGUUGUUGGAUGUGGUGUGUGAACUGAACGCUGUUCGACUGACAGGAUGAAUGUAAACCCGAGGCUUGAGAGGGUAUUGUUAGUUAAAAUAUUUAUGUUUGUUACUAAAGUGAAUGUAUUAUCAAGUGGGGCCAUGUUUCUCAAAAGCAUAUGAGAAAUGUUCUGGCUGGGUCUUCUCACUUUGGCUGCAGAUUUGUGCCAAAUGUCGUUUGAGCUGCUCUAAAUAAAGAUUAGACAAAGAUGCUUUUGAGAAACCUGAACUCUUUACGGGGCAGUAAAUACAGCAUCUGCUUUUUUCCUCACAUAUAUGCACGCAGUACUUUCUGGAAGUAUGACUAUCGAAGUUUAGUUGUGAAAUCCAGAGUGUCGUGUCUCAACCUCUCAGGUGUGAAGUCCAGGAGGUUUGGGGCCUUGGUGUUCUGAGCGUUUUUGCCAGUUUUCUGCACAGUGUUGGAGAUGGAGCAGGACAUGCUGCAGUAAGUGCCAUUAAAAGAGGCUGGCUUUGUUUUCAUUGUUUAGAAGCAGAAUCACUUUGUUCAUGCACCACAGUAAAUAUACAAGAAUUUAUUUAGAAAAUGUGACAGUAGUGUCUGACAGAUCUCCUUGGAUGCACAUGAUCUACAGGGAAUUCACAGUUUACACAUUUAGCCCACAGUCCCAAUCCACCUGUAGUCUUUCAUUUAGCAUUUAAUCUUCCAAUCUGAGUCAGUUUGACACUUGGCUAAAAAUUGGCCUUUAGGUUCAGGAUUUGGUUGGAUGUUUGUUGUUGGUUUAGACUUGAGUUUGCUCUGUUUUCGUCUGUGUCCUGUACACAGACAACACUCACUAUACUCACGUUGGACUCAGCUGUGGUCUCUCUGACUGAGGUGGUGCUGAAACACGUCUGAAGGACUAUUUACAGAAAAAACCUGAAGGCAACACCAAACCUGCGUGUGGCAUUGUGGUCAUUGUAUUUCCUGGUCCUGAAGUCAGUUGAGCAGUGCUGAUACGAGAAUGAAAAGGUAACAGCUAAAUCAUUACAAGACAGAAUCACAUGACUAAGUAACUUAAUGUACUGUACUGUAUUGUAAUAUGAAUAAGUGGUAGCAUUUAGGUGAACUGUAUUUGUGUUCCUGUUGAGAAUAUAGUAGCUGAUCUGUUGGGUAGACAAGCGUUUUAGCUACAGUUAUCAAUCACUAGCUGCACAGCCAUAUUUAUUCUAUUGAAUAUGAUGUGUCCCACUGUAAGAGCAUUCAUUUGAAGUGAGCAAAUCUGGUAACUGCUCUCUUGAAAUGAAAAUCUUGUGAACUCUCUUGAAAGAGAUUUCCACUGGUGAUUCAGGUGGUGUCAUGAUUUAUAUAUCCUCACAUCCAUAAUAAAACUGAGUUAGGUAAACGGCAGCUCCCCCCCCCCCCAAGACUUACUAGACGUCACCAGGUAAAUGGCUGAGUGCGAGAGGCUGCAAGGGCUCAAAAUGUUUUAAAGAGGAAUGGGACAGAACUUUCACGUUACCUUGAUGAUGCCAAAACAUGUCGGGUACAAUUUUGGGUUCGGGACUUCGGCCUUUGCUGCCUGUAAACAAACUCAUGUAGCAUAACAGUUGAUGAAAACAGAUUGAAAUAUAUGCACCUUCAUCAUCAUGCAAUUGGAGGACAAAUUACUACACACAGCUCUGGCUCUGAAUCACCAGUGAGUGUUUACAGCCAAAUUACACUGAGGCCACGUGCGAACGUUUACGUUUGCAUCGUUCCUUUCAUGCUUGUUUAUUAACUGUUCUUCUUCUAUCUUCUAAUUUUUGUUUCAUGACAGUUGUUUACAGUUUUUUAUGUUUCUGGAUGUCCCCUGGUAACCAUGACAAACCUGUGUUUAACAUCACAACGCUAUGAACUAUGGGUAAUUCCCUUAGUCAAAGUCUGCAGAAAUGCAGAUUUACGAAAAGUGGCUCAAAAUGUCUGAUAGAGUCCUCAUGCACUUGAUGGUUUUAUAGUGGGACGUCCUGAACCCUCAUGGACUCACCGGGAACGCGCCUCAGAGUCUGUGAGUGUGAAGGGGGACGUUCGCUUUGAGCCUUUGUUUUUAAGGCACAGCGUGGAGGAGAAGUGCUCCUGUUUCCCCUCUAUUUAUACACUUCAUGAUCCACUUCUGCUUUGUCCAGUAUCUGGCUAAGUUGUACGUGAAUCUUACCAAGGUAACAUGGGAGAUGUGGCUUCAGUCACAGAUGAGCAGCAGAGAUUUUAUCGCUCACAUUUACUUGGUUUGUUCAUCUCAAACAAGCAGGAAAUCUUCUCUGGCAUCCUGAAAGCAGAGGCUUAUCCUCUGGCUCUGUUUUAGUGUUUAAACCUACAGUUUAUAUUUAAGACAAACAUUCAGUUACAUUCUGGUUGUAUUUAUUGCACUGUCUUCACACACAGACGACCCCUGCAUGCUGCUCUGCAUGUGUUCUCUCUGUGAAGUUAAUGAAAGCAAACGCUAAAUCGAUACAGUCAAUGUCGACGUUGUCAGGUCACAGGCUGAAACUCCAUCUUCUCAUGGUUUAAUCUCAGACACCUUCACUACAGACUGGUGAACAAAAUGACUUGAUGCUUGAGAAGAAUUUCUUGUUUCUUGGCAGAACUAAAGUGCAAGGCUUUGUCUGAUGAUCGUCUUCCUUUUCUGACCCAGUCAUCAUCAGUACAUCACACAGUACCUGCCUGCAGGAAUGUGCUAUAGAUACAAGUUAGCUUUUUAUGUUUGUGCUCAUGUAACGAAAUAAUUCAAUGAAAUAAUGAAUUUGACUUCACUAGACGGAGUUCUCUACAUCCAGCUGUGUUUUCAGUUCAUGGCUUGAAACUGGAAGGAUGGUGUUCCUGUUCAACACCUGUUACCAUGUGACCAGCUGGUUUUCUGAGUCAUGGCUAUUGUCACACUUGUCCUUGAAUGUGACUUGUGUUGUGAUCCUAAUUACACCGGAGUUAUUUGAAGAGAUGCCGACUGUAAAGGACAAACUGUGGACAUGAAACAUCUCUGAACAUCACAUCCGCUGUGUUAGAGCAUCAACUGUCAACAUCUGGAAUAAUGCAGAGGACACACAGGCUCAUGUAAACUCAACAGUGUCUCCGAAUAAUGAAGUGCAGGAAAUACAACCUAACAUACAGAGUAAUGAGGUUAUAAUAGUCCAGAUGCCAUUCUGUCAGACGGUUAGAUCUCUGUAGCUUCUUCCAUCUUGUGCUGUCCUGAACAGCUGUUUUUAUUUUAUAGAGGCGUUCCUUCUUUCAUUCAUGUUUGUUUCUGUUUGUUUUUUUACUGUAACUUUUGAUUGUAAAAGCAUCUGGUAUUAAAACAUUAGAAAAUG